AUGGCAGAUUUGAUGGGAGACUGGUCGGUUGCACCAGGCACCAAUCCUGGAGACGGUAUGGACAUCGACUUAGCAGCACACAUCAGGGGACAAGCUGACAACGUGGAUGCCGAUGCCGAUGCAAUUGCCACCAAUGCAACUGCCAGCAAUACAACUUCCCGCAAUACCCGCAAUACAACUGCCCGCAAUACAACUUCCCGCAAUACCCGCAAUACAACUGCCCGCAAUACAACUUCCCGCAAUACCCGCAAUACAACUGCCCGCAAUACAACUUCCCGCAAUACAACUGCCCGCAAUAUGACUUCCCGCAAUACAACUUCCCGCAAUGCCAAUCGUCGUGACGUCCAUGAAGAAGAAGAGGAAUCCAGCGAAGAAGAAGAAGAAGAAGAAGAAGAAGAAGAUGAUGAUGAUGAUAAUGAUGAUGAUCCUGCUCCAGGCACAGGUUCAACCUCUGCCGGUACCCGAGGCGGUAGAGGAGGGCCUCGGGGACGGGGAUCUCGGGGACGAGUGUCUACCAGACUAGGAGGAACUAACACACGAACGUCUAGUGGGCGAGUACAACCCAUAGAGUCCCAGAGCCGGGCAAUGAAAGGGGUGUCGUGGGGUCUAGGUGAUCCAAUGGCUAAUCCCAACUGUUUAGACAUGGAUGUGACAGAUGUGGGUGGACGUGUUGUCCGUGGUCAUAGCCAGGCCAUAGAUACUGGAGCUGACCCUGAGUCUAUCGCUUUGGCUUUGGAGGCUGAAGCCCUGGUGACAGAGAAUGGGAUGAUCAGAGUAUGCAGCAGUUGCUCUGAUUUUGGGGAUCUGAAGAAAUGUGUUCGGCCUGGAUGUCCUCAUGCUCUUUGCUUCUCCAAGACUAACUUGUAUCCCUGCAUCAGAGAGGUGGGCGAUGGUGAAUUUUGGUGUCCCCCGUGUUGGAGCCAAAAGCGCCAAUCUCCACUCCCGUAUAAGGUGGUUGCACAAGGCGCAUACCUCACAAGCCAAUCCCGCAUCCGUAGACCACUCCUGUUUCACACCAUUGCCCUGAAUCUCCAGGAUUAUCCGGAGACCUUGUUACGCUGCCAGCUGGAUGGGGAAUACCAGUCGUGCCGAGAUCUGUUGCAUCACACAAAGAUCAGGCUGGAGAAUGCUGGUGCCUUAGUUCCUAACGUCCGCCGCGCUGUCAAGACUGGCCUUGUCUUUUUGAAGAAUCACCCACUGGCCAAUCUUCUAGUCUUGGUAGACUCACACAGCGAUCAUGAUUGCGGAGAGUUGGUACAUGGCACCCGUGAUGAUGGAGAGGCCGUCACUCGGGAUGCGGAAAAGGUUUUGAGACACUACAUUGGUCCAGAAUUGUGGAAGAUGUCUGAGAAGAUGUCAGGAACCAAAGGAAUGAUUCUCCUGGCCUGCGGUCCAACUUUCACUGUACGCUCACAUUUUGAGAUAAUCAAGAAUCUGGUCUCAAGCAAACGUUUGCACUUUAUCAUCGGGUUCACAGCUUAUUCGGUUCAACCCACUAUAGUCAUGCCCUUCAUGCUGAGGAUCGCUGUAGAAAUUUACAUUUACAAAAAGCCUGUGGAACUAGCUGUUGAACAAGUGAUCUCUAGCUGGACUCUUCUGUGCCAUACUCCUGUAGUGUUGGUGUGUUGGACCAAACAUGGCGAGUUGGUCAGCCGGAGAUACUUGGCAUCCACCCCAUCUGGCUCAGUGUGGGGCCUAACCCCCAGGUGUGGUGACCGGACCUGUCAAGCUGGCCCUGGAGAUAUCAAAAUCACCCGAGGUCGUCAGAAGGACAAGUACUUGAAGUUCCACUGCAACCGAUGUGGGUGUAACUCCCCCGGCUAUCAUACGAGCUAUAUCUGA